AUGUACAUACAGAAAUGUACGUACAUACACACAAACACUCACACAUGUACAUGCACACACAGACACAUGUACACACACAAAUACAUGUACAUACACGCAGACACAUGUACAGAUAACACACAUGUACAUACACACAGACACACACACACAGCCCUAUAAAAAGUUGCAGUACUUUGUUGUUCACUCACAGAGCCGGGUACUGCACUCUAAGGGGAGGCAGAGAGCACAGCACACACUCCUUCCUUUGCUUUCACUGUACUCAGCUAUUGAGCAGUCUGAUGGCUCCCAGUGACAAUGACAGAUCCGGCCUGAGCUCCGAGCCUGCUCAGCAAGACGGCCCUGGGGGACACACUCGCCCCCACCAUAAUUUCCACUGGCCAUUGACGAGCAGGCGAGUGGAAAUUUCAAGGCCUACCAUAGUAACUAC